GCUUUGACUGAACCUAAAAUACACCAGAAUUUAGUUCCCGGUUCAAUUCAGGCUCAGGUAGCUUUUUGAGGUGUUGAGGACUGCAGAUUACUGUCGAAUGCUCUGCAUUCCAGCGGCCCUCACUCUGUUGGUACAGACUAACCCCCUACAGCGGGCAGGCAGACGUGCCCGAUUCAAUAGCAACUCCUUUUACAAAAACAUACCGUCGGGAUGUGACGGCCUGUGUCCGGCUGGACUACAUGGGGGUGGGCUGCUUUAAGGACGAAGCGUCAUUGAACUGACUGCUAACGUUCUCUAACUUCCAACCCCUCCCCCCCCCUGUUUUUUUUUAUAAAAAGUACAGUUAUUAAGUGCCAGAGAUUUAUUACAAGCCUGUGAUACAAAGGCACAGCAGCGUCUGGCAAAAGGGUAAAUGUUAUCUUGCAGGAGGUUAACCUGAAGCGAAGGGAAAUUAUCCGAUUUUUGUAAAUCGCAAGACUCCCUGGAUUUAAAGAGACAGGGCUUGUGGAUGCAAGCUGUAAUGAUGUUUGAUCGGAGUGUGGUCCUCCUCCUGCUGGCUAGUUUGCCCCUGUGCCUUGCACAGAUUGGUGCGUUCUACAUUAACGGCAAUGGGAAUGGCAAUGGGAACGGUGAGUACUACAACAGCGUCAAGCUCCAUAUCGAAACCCAAAAGGACAGACUGUUUGCAUACCGAGGGGAGAAUGUGACCCUGGCUUGUCACUACCAUUAUGAGCCGGCAGUGAACGUGACCCGAAAGGUCAGAGUUAAAUGGUCCAAGCUCAACAUGGAUUUCUCCAAAGAGAGUGACGUGAUUGUGGCAAUUGGACUGCGCCAUCGCAGUUUCGGGGAGUUCAGGGGUCGCGUCUACCUGCAGCAGAAUGACGAGCGUGAGGCAUCGUUGGUUAUCACUGACGUCAGGCUGGAGGAUUAUGGGAAAUACAAGUGUGAAGUGAUUGACGGACUGGAGGAUGAAAGCAGCAUUGUUGAGCUGGAGUUACGAGGUGUGGUCUUCCCUUACCAGCCCCACCAUGGCCGAUACCAGCUGAACUUCCAUGAAGCCAAGCAAGCCUGCGAGGAGCAGGAUGCCAUGAUCGCCUCCUUCGAGCAGUUGUUCCAGGCCUGGGAGGAGGGAUUAGAUUGGUGCAACGCUGGCUGGCUGAUGGAUGGCUCAGUGCAGUACCCCAUCACAAUACCACGUGGACCAUGUGGGGGCAAGCACAACUCAGCGGGCGUCCGGAACUAUGGGCAGCGGCACAAACACCUCCACCGAUACGAUGUAUUUUGUUUUGCCUCAACUUUGAAAGGUAAAUUGUACUUCCGACGCCGUCCGCUGAAGUUCACCUUUGAUGAAGCGGUUAAAGCCUGCCGUGACGAUGGCGGUGAGAUUGCUAAAGUGGGCCAGCUCUACGCCGCCUGGAAGUUCCAAAAGUUUGACCGCUGUGAGGCCGGCUGGGUCGCCGACGGCAGUGUUCGCUACCCCAUUGCCUUCCCACGGCCCAAAUGUGGCCCACCAGAGCCUGGGGUUCGCACCUUUGGCUUCCCAAGGAAGGAGAAUGGGAGGUUUGGGGUCUACUGCUUUAAGUUGAGUUAAAGGCCAGGGUCUGUGGCUGUGUCGAUCACAGGAGGACCUGUACUCAAUCGCCUUCAUGGAUUAUUGUGGCAGUACUCAUCUUUAAAGGUGAAAUCAGAUUAUUUAAGAAAACAGUUAGAAGAUAACAUUGUGAUUCCCAAAUCUACCUAAGUCAACUUGGAGAAUCCUUUCUAAUUUCUAUUAAUUUGAGAUUUCCUGUAUACAUCUAUAUUUUUGAUUUCCAUAGUAUAUAGACUUAUAUUCACUUCAGGAGGACCUUGUGGAAAGAAAAAAAACUAAACCCAGCCUGCAAGGAUUCACUAAAGCAGCUUUUAAAAAUCAAAAUGUCCCAUUAUACUGUGAGACUCCAUGCCGUCACUUUUGCGUUCAGAAUCUCUCUACCCCCGACUUCUCCCCUGCUUCCCUCUUCCCUCAUUCCUUUUUGUUUCUCCGUCGAUCUAUCUUUAUGUAAGAGCCCACAGUAGUCCAAGCAGUGAUCUCAGUCAUAGCAACCAGGAAUCAAAUCAACUUGUUUGGAGGCAAAGACCUUAGUGUUGCAGUGUCAGGUACCCAAUGUGCAACCAUGAGUCUGGCAUUUACCAAAUAAGUCCACUUUAUGACCUUUAGAUUAUUUGAAUUGAAAUAUAAUAAUGCAGCACAUUAUACUAUGUAUAUUAGCAAACUGAGCUCAGUUCAAUCGUUGACAUUUGGGGGUGCCACAAUGGCUCAGUGGUUAGCACCACUGCCUCACAGCGGGAGAGACCUGAGUUCAAUUCCAACCUCGGG